UGAUCUUCUGUAGUGUGUGAGCGUGCGUGUUCGUCAAUAGAGAACCCAUCAUGAGCAUACAAUCAUCGUCACCCAUUACGCAGCAUCUGCUCGGGCUCAUUUCAGAUGCUUCAGUUUGCCUUAAUUCCCUUCGAGGAUCACCUAAAUCCAUAUCAAAGCAAGUCAAUGGCGAAGCCUUUAUCAAAAACCCAUUGUCGGCUUCAGAACAGAGUAUGAGCAACAUUGCCAGCCGCAUGCAAACCCUCACGCUUAAGGACUUGCCUGAAGUUUUUCAAAAUGCAAAUCCAAGGUCAUUGAACCGUGCGGUGUCUGAUGCUAUUUCAUUGUUGCGAACCAACCCGACCCUUGCAAACGACAUUGCUCAAGCUUCAAAAUCAAUUACUUCAAUGAACACACCUAUAGGCACACUAGCUGCAUCGUUUCCACAUCGUCGCUUUGCAUCGAGACAUACCCAAACCCGCACCCUAUUUGGGGACGCCUUCUCAUCAUCCAAUGGAUCUGCACGGAUAUUGAAUCAGCGCAAGUUGGCGAAACUGGAGCAUGAUGCUAACGCCAUGCCUCAUGACCCUAGGAAGCAGAGCGAGCUCUACAAGGAACUGAUGCGUUCAAAAAACCCUCAAGCCGUCGUCUCCAGGUUUGAGAGAGGCAAUUUUACGCAUGAUGAGGAAUGUUGGCAACACUAUAUUGCUGCUCUGGCCCAGACUGGUCACUCCGAAGCUAUUCUUCCAAAGGUUCUUCAGCGACUGGAAACGACCGGAGCUGGUAAACCAGCCUUGUCGCCAACUGCACUGCAAGCAGCCCUGGCUGGUACGGGAAAGCACGUCAGAAUAGAUGAAGCUACAAUGAAUGGUGCUGGUCAUAAGGCCAACCCAAUAUAUGUGGUCGUGGAAGAAGCCAGAGGAUACAUAUUUUGGAGAGCCUUGCGAUGGCUUGGUAUUACGUUCACCUAUGCGUUUUGCAUUUUGACCUUCCUUUCCCUCGCAUUGGAAAAUUCAGGUUUACUGAAAACCACAGCGGCACAAACGGAGUAUGAACCAUCCUCACAACAAGCUGUCAAGUUCGACGACGUACAAGGAUGUGACGAAGCCAAAGAUGAAUUGGAAGAACUUGUUCAGUUCCUCAAGAAUCCGCAGAAAUUUACAGAAUUGGGGGGUAAAUUGCCCAAAGGCGUCUUACUCACUGGUCCUCCUGGAACGGGUAAAACUUUAUUGGCCAGAGCUGUAGCGGGAGAAGCAGAGGUUCCGUUCUUUUUCAUGAGCGGUAGUGAGUUUGAUGAAAUGUAUGUAGGCGUUGGUGCUAGACGUGUUCGGGAACUCUUCGCUGCUGCUCGUAGAAAGGCGCCAAGUAUCGUCUUUAUUGAUGAAAUCGAUGCCAUCGGUUCCAAGAGAAAUCCAAAAGAUCAGACUUACAUGAAGCAAACGCUUAAUCAACUGCUUGUUGACUUGGAUGGAUUCUCACAAACGGAAGGUGUGAUUUUCAUUGCUGCCACCAAUUUCCCAGAACUACUGGAUAAGGCUUUGGUUCGUCCUGGAAGAUUUGAUCGCCAUGUCAAUGUCCCUCUUCCCGAUGUGCGCGGCCGUAUGCAAAUUCUUAAACAUCAUAUGAAAGGUAUCCAGUUUGCCGGUGAGGUCGACGUGUCCAUCAUUGCUCGUGGUACCCCUGGUUUCAGCGGAGCCGACUUAGCCAACCUUGUCAACCAGGCUGCUAUUCAAGCUAGUCGAGAAGGCGUUCGUGAAGUCAACCAGAAGCAACUUGAAUUUGCAAAGGACAAGAUCUUGAUGGGGGCUGAAAGACGAUCAGCUGUCAUUACGGACGAAAGCAAGCGUUUGACAGCUUACCAUGAAGGUGGACAUGCGUUAGUUGCCUAUUAUACCCCUGGAGCCAUGCCACUUCACAAGGCUACCAUUAUGCCCAGAGGAGCUGCGUUGGGUAUGACCGUUCAACUUCCAGAGAUGGACAAGGACUCAUUCACUAGAAAGGAAUUCUUGGCUCAAUUGGAUGUCUGCUUGGGAGGUCGUGUGGCCGAGGAAAUGAUCUUUGGCGAAGAAAAUGUCACCAGUGGUGCUCAUAGCGAUAUUGUCAAAGCUACCGAUGUAGCUAAGCGUAUGGUUCGAUACUAUGGCAUGAGCGACAAGGUCGGCCCUGUUGAAUACGACGACGACGACAUGCAGCUUCUCAGCACGCAGACCAAGUUGAUCAUUGAAGGAGAAAUCAAAUCUCUCGUUGUGAACGCCGAGUCAAGGGCACGACAUAUUCUAAAGACCCAUACGGAAGAAUUGCACAGACUUGCCAAGGCUUUGAUAGAUUAUGAGACACUUUCACAGCAGGAAAUUUUGGAUGCUAUGGCUGGCAAGCCCAUCUCCCGAUAACCACUCUAUUCGUUUUUAUCUUUAUUAUUUGCACAUAGCCAUGUUUUUUUUUUUGUAAAACCUUGUCGACAUCGGAUGCCAUAGAUGGAGAAUACAGUACUCUUUUCACAAAGAAAAAAUAAAAAAGAAAUGAAGAGAGCACGCGCUUAGGGUGAGAUGCAACAUGUAAAA